AUUCGCUCAUUCAAUCGCAGCAACGCGCGCUGAACGGGCACGGAAGCCGCAAAUAGAUAGAAAAAUAAAGAAUUAAUAUUUUAACUGAUCGCAUACUCGACUCGACUUGAUUCGAUUGGAUUCGUCUCGAUUCUCCAUAGAGGCCAUAAUGAACAAAUACGCUUUGCUGGCUGUAUGCCUGUUGGCAGCCCUGGCCGCCUUACUGCUGGAAGUGCGUGCCAGCCCUGCCAGUCCGCCCCAGUUCAGCGCCAGUCAGCUGGACAGUGCUUCGGCUCAGUUUUUGCCCCCAGAGCUUCGCAACACAAACGUGAGCAUGGAUGAUAUUAAGCGUGUGUAUCGGGAGAAAUGCAAGAAGGUGACGGGAUCUGAUAAUUCAACGCUAUACAAGGAUAUUGAGAAGGCUGCCGUAACGUUGGGCUCCUGUCUGAGUGAAUUUACCAAUACGACGUCUUUGCAGGCUGAAAUAGAUGUCGCUCGAGCCAAUAAUGAACUCGACAUCGUAUUCCACAAGUACUGCAAGCGUGCUCCCGAGGCGGAGGAUUGCUUGCAGGCAUUUAAAAACAAGGUGAAGCCCUGUCUGACAGCUGAAGAGCAGCGUCAACAGGCCACCAUGAUGCGCCUGGCUGCCUCGCUGCUUGGAUUCGCCUGCUCCCGUGGCGGAGAUCAGCUGGUGCUUUUUGUUGCCGAAAAGGGACCCGAGUGCCUGAAGGCCAACAGGGAGAGCAUCAGUCAUUGUUUCAACAAAUCAUUCAAUCAGUAUUUACCCAAGGAUGGCGAGUUUUCUGAUUUCUUGAGCCGCCCCGAAUUCCUCUUCUCGCCCACACACUGCGUCGAUCUGCAAAGCUUUGAGGGCUGUGUGGUGCACCAUUUGGAGCAAUGCUCUGACGUCACGCCCGCCAACAUCGUCCAGUCGAUCUUCCGCUUUGUGAAGAACGAGACCGACUGCCAGGCCUGGAUGGAUGCCCGUGCCAACGAGCGUCCCAUUCUGCUCGCCGACAGGGGUAACAGCACCCGCGGUGGCGCCUCAACACUGGUCACAACACUCACUGGCACCUUGGCACUCUCCCUGGGCGCCUACAUCCUAAAAUAUUAGGCAAAUCAUACUCAUAAAUUCGUUGGCUACAAUGAUUGAAAUGUCUAAAGUAUUCCUUACUUGCAUUAUAUGUUACAUACGUAUUUCCAUUUUAAUUUUCGGUUUUUUUAUUUUAUAUAUUUUUUUUUUCUGCGAUAACUGAAGUAGUGAUAACAUUUCCUGCAUAUAUAUAUGUUAAGUGUGUAUGUGUACUUUUUUUUUUUUGUUGAAAUAUGUGCGGUACUUUGUAAUUUAAUGACUACUCUAUUUAUUGCUAAUAAUAAACAAAUGAUUACAAUACAAA